AUGGCCGCUCUGCGCGACCUCCUGAGUAUCCUGCCGUCCAACAACAGCGCAUCCCAACGUGAGGCUUCCUCGCUGUCUCUGGUCGUGAACUUCCGACACGUGGCUGUCUCUUCUGUCCAGCAAAGGUUGCAGAGUGUGGCGGCCAUGGAGAGCUACUCGCAUUCUCUGCAGCGCUAUCCACUGGUAAAGCAGGCUUUCUGGGAGCAAGUGUUAGCCUCGGAGCUUAUGUUGGGAGGAUCCACGACUCGCAGACAGCAGCUGCAGCUGCAGCUACGCGAUGGUCGAUUCCCGAGACUUGUGUUGGAUUUCUCGCGGCGGAAGGUCACUGUGGAGCUGCUGGAGGCGCUAGCACAGUUCUUGGAGACGCAGCAGCUGCAGCUGGCGUCGAUGCAAUCCCAAUUCUCAGGGGUGAAGCAGGAGCGACAUGUGGGGUCUUUUAUUCGACUGGUGCCUGUAGCGCUAAAGUUCGUGAGGUAUACUGCGUCACGUCGCUGGAUUUGA